UAUAAUUCAAACAAUCAGCAAAAUGAAUGUGUUGUUUGUAGAACACUUGAGUCUAGAUAAAAAAUGUUCACAAGGCACAUUUUCAAUCUGUCCGAAUUUCUGAAAGUUCACAUUUAUCGAUUUUGUCACAGAGACAUUACUUGCAGUUUUUUUUCAAAAUAUUCAAAACAAUCGUUGUAUAAUUUAUGAUCAGUAGCAUGAUAAUUUAUGGACCAUGAAUGAAGUAUUAAUUAUGUUUUUAUCCUUUUUUCGUAAAAAAUUCACAGACAAGCAAAAUCCACCAAAACAGGAAGAUGUACUUAAGGACUGCAUUGAACUAAAGGACACCGUUUACGAUUUAAUAAAGAACAUCAAAGAUCCAGAAAAGCCCAAUACGUUAGAAGAGUUAAAUGUUGUGUACGAAGACGGUGUACAAGUUAGCGAUCCUAUACCAGGCAGAAUAUAUGUAGUUAGAGUAGAAUUUAAUCCAACUGUUCCCCAUUGCUCACUAGCUACAUUAAUAGGGCUCUGCAUAAGAAUUAAAUUAGAGAGAUACAUGCCCUAUCCUAUUAAGUUAGAUAUCUUUAUAAAGGAAGGUGCACACACAACUGAACAUGAAAUAAACAAGCAAAUAAAUGACAAAGAGCGAAUAGCUGCGGCUAUGGAAAAUCCAAAUUUAAAAGACAUGGUCGAGAACUGUAUUGCAGAAGAAGACUGAAUGAAACUUUUCACAGGUUUUGCUGUUAAUAUUGGACAAAUCAUAAAUAAUUUUAUAUGUAAUGGAGUUUUAUUGUUUCCAAAAUAAAUUUUAUUUAUAUAUUCA